AUGAUGGAGGAGCCCGAAAACACAGAUACCAUGAACUUGCAAGCUCCAAAUCAGCCUGUCAAUGACAAUCAACGCCCUGCUGAAAAUACAGAAGUACAAAUUACAACUGGCAAACGUGGUCGUGGCCGUCCGAAAGGGUCGAAAAACAAGCACAGUGCCACAACUUCAGUUACUAACAAUAAUCCAAGCACUACAGAAAUUCAUCGAGGGCCUGGAAGACCUCGGAAACAGGCUGUGAGGUCAAUAACACAGGUUCAGACAGUGGAUGGCCCUGUGCAUAUGGAACCUGGGAUAAAUAUGCAUCAGCCACUUGCUCCUAUUUUUCUUCCUCAAGCAGUUGCAGCAGUCCCAGAUCAGGUGCCAGUUUCUCUUCCAUCAGACCAAAACCCAAUAUCAGAGCCAACAUAUCAUGAAGAAGUUGAGACUUUUGUUCUUCCUGCACAUGAUCCUUUACAGCAAUUGGAUGACUCACCAGGUGAGGAUGAUUUGGACAGUUUUCUUGGACUAGGCAACAGCAAUGGGAUUAAUGGUGAUGCUGCAAGUGCUGAGGGAGACUUUACUGAGGAUGAUGGUGAAACUUCUGGGCAACUGCCAUCACUGGUCUUGGAUGCAUUCUGGAAAAAAAUUGAGUAUCUCAAGGGUUUGACAGAAGGUCAAGGGCGAUCAGCCAAACACUUGGUUUAUGAGAAGCUUCAGUCAUUCUGGUUGCCUCAUUUUGACUCUUUCUUCUAUCUUCAGCAAAAAACUUUGUCUCCAGAGCAGCUUUUGAUCCCUUGA